CCGAAAGACUUCAGCCCUGGGAGCACGUGACCGCCCCAUCCGGGUCUCCGCGUUCUUUCACACUCGGCCCAACAUGGCUGCUUCAGCUAAGAAGAAGAACAAGAAGGGGAAGACCCUGACAUUGACUGAUUUCCUAGCAGAUGAUGGAGGCAGUGGGGGAGGCGGUGGUGGUGGUGGCAGUGGCGGCGGCGGCGGUGGCGGCGGCAGCACCUAUGCCCCAAAACCUGUCAACUGGGCCGAUGAGACGGAUGAUUUGGAAGGAGAUGUUUCUACUACGUGGCACAGUAAUGAUGAUGAUGCUUACAGAGCACCCCCUAUUGAUAGAUCCAUCCUGCCUACGGCUCCUCGAGCUGCUCGUGAACCUAAUGUGGACCGAAGCCGUCUCCCCAAAAGUCCCCCUUUUACUGCCUUUCUCGGAAACCUUCCGUAUGAUGUAACUGAGGAAUCCAUCCAGAAGUUCUUUAGGGGGCUUAAUAUAAGUGCUGUUCGUCUACCCCGCGAGCCAAGCAAUCCAGAGAGGUUAAAAGGCUUUGGUUAUGCAGAAUUUGAUGACUUGGAUUCUCUACUACGGGCUUUAAGCCUCAAUGAGGAAUCUCUUGGGAACAGGAGGAUAAGAGUGGACAUUGCUGAUCAGGCACAAGAUAAAGACCGGGAUGAGCGCUCAUUUGGUAGGGAUCGUGAUCGCAACAGAGAGUCGGACAAGACAGAUUCUUCUGAUUGGAGGGCGCGGCCUAGCACAGACAGCUUUGAUGAUUAUCCUCCACGUCGUGGAGAUGACAGCCAGGGGGACAGAUAUCGCAGUGACCGCUAUGAAUCAGACCGUUACCGUGAUGGUCCAAGGCGCGAUGGAGACCGCUAUGAAAGGGACAGGGGUAGAGAUCGGUAUGAUGAUCGUAAUCGAAGUGAUUAUGAUAGAGGCUAUGAUUCCCGGGGCGGCAGGAGGGCCUUUGGGAGUGGCUAUCGUCGAGAUGAUGAUUACAGAGGUGGUGGAGGUGGUGGAGAUCGUUAUGGAGAUAGAUACGAGGAAAGACGAGAGGACAGAUCAGACAGAUGGAAUGGAUAUUCUCGCAAUGAAGAGAGGCGGGAAGAACGAGCGGGUCCCACUCAGCGACCAAAACUAAACCUAAAACCACGUACUGCUCCAAAAGAUGAGGAAGGUGGGCCAUCUGCCGCCACCAGUCGUGCAGCUUCAAUUUUUGGUGGUGCAAAGCCAGUAGAUACAGCUGCUCGUGAACGAGAAGUAGAGGAAAGGUUACAAAAAGAGCAAGAGAAAAUGCAGCAACGCCAAUUGGAAGAUGACAGACCUCGACAGAUAGAGAGGAAACCUAGAGAAAGGCAUCCUAGUUGGCGCAGUGACGAAAACCAGGAACGUUCUAGGACUGGAAGCGAGUCCUCUCAAACAGCCACCGGUGGCUCUUCAUCCAGGAUCUCCCGGAGACGAGAGAGUGAGAAAUCAGUGGAGAAUGAAGUAUUUGGAAAAGAUGAGGAUGCUCCUUCUCCUAGUUCGAAGUCCCCAAAAUCAGACUCCCAGCUCCCAUUGAAAGUUAUGCCAGCCCCUCCUCCGAAAGAGAAUGCGUGGGUAAAACGCAGCACAGCAGCUCCUUCCUCCCGAUCACAUAGCUCAGAAUACUCUCAAAGUGGUGAAAUGCAUCCAGAUGAGAGGCGACAGCCUGGUACAUCUCACCCAAGAGUAGAUGAGAACAAAGUGGAUGCACUGGAACACCUAGCUAAAUCUGGUGGGCACGGAGUAGGAGAUCGCAAUCGGGCACCUGAUAAGAAAGAAAAGAGAGAUCUGGAUUCACAGGGUAUGCCAGAGUCGAAAAAAAUGGAUGAACAGGCAGUAAAAUUCAGCCACGCAAGUAAGUAUGCAGCUUUAUCUAUGGAUGGGGAAGAAGAGACAGAAGAAUACGCAGACUAACUGUGGGAAUACCUCUGUAUUCAUGGAUUCCUCUCCCGAUUUUUCCUUUACUCUCCCUUCUGCCCUGUUCCCGUGACAGCCGGCAGUGUAUGCCACAGCAAGAAACGCUCCCUUCCGGCUGUCUGUCCCUUCAGAAAUAUAAAAGCAAUCCAACCUCAACACCUCAGCCAAUGACCUUCAGUUAGAAAAAAAACCAAUAUGAGCUGUUUGUUUUCUCUCUUGCAUGCUGCUGCAGCUUUUUACUGUGUGUGCGUGGAAUAGGAGGGGGGCAGAAAUGCAGUGUGUAGCAAAGUAACACUGGAUUGCAGGGAACAUAGAUAUUCUUAAGGAAACUAGUAGUUGUGUAAGAUGAGGUAAAGGAUUCUCACAUCCUAUCUGCCCUGCUGUAUAAAGUUUCCAUUUUAUGCCAGAACAGUCAUUUUUGCUUGAUAUGGAGCAAAGUGGCCUGGAAACUGGACAAGGUGGCUGCUAGAGCUCUCUGUUUAGGAUUAUUCUCCAAUGAAAGAAAUGCCCUUUAGUACAGUAUGGCUAGGCAAAUCAUAUGACCGGAGGAAGACUUAUUUAGCAGCUUCACAAGGGCAUCAGAUGCAUGGUUUGCACUCUUCUAGAGCAUUUGCCAGAAGCCCACCUCCGUGUGCCAGAGAAAAUGAUCAAUUAAAGAAGCCGCAUCCCUUGUCAGGGAUUCAAAUAUUAAUUGCUUUUUUAGGAAAUUCCCCCCUCCGGCUUUGUGUGAUGCUGUGGGUGUGAAAGAGACUGCUGUAGCGGUGAUAUUUUCAUCAGUUGGAAGGCUAUAUUAUGCAGAGUUUAUUAGAAUAUAUAAGGAAUCCGGGUUAGGCAGCGUUUGCAUGGCACGCAGCUAUGGGACACUGCCUUUCAUACCAAAUUUGACAAUUUCCUGAGCUCAAAUUGCACCUCUCCAAUCCCCUUCACUCGGCCUACCCUAAUUUAUAAUUGAUGUGCAUCCAGGAGCUGUGUUCCUGUCUGUCUCUCAUGGACCAGCUUGCGAUACCUUCCCUAGCAAUUUUACUCUUCACGCAGAAGUGUAAAUCAAGGGAAAUAUAUAAUAAAACUUGUAAUGAUUUGUAAUCUGCUUUCUGGGAGAUGUUUUAUUAUCAUGUAAAGAUCCCCCUUACCAGCCCUCUUAAUUUUGUUUUCUGUUUAUCAGCUCUGUCCCUCAUCGAAUAAACUAAUCUUUAAAGUA